CCACUCUGAAUUUGUGACGUUUUCUUCAGCCACAGAUAUAGUGGUUGAAUCGACAUUAUCUGAUACGAGCUGUGGAAAAAGGAAUAACUUAGCACAAAAUGAUAACAAAAGUCAAGAAAUCGUUCACAUGUUUAUGGAAGAAAGUAAACAUGCGGAAAAAGAAUCAAAGACGGAGAAUAAUACAACAGGACCAGGUAUUUCCAGUCUACCCAGACAUCGUGAGCUGGAGAGUUUGGGUGAACGCGCGCGUUCGCAUCAGCGUCGCGACGUCGGCAGCGAUGAAGACAUGAAGCUGCUGCUGCUUUCCUUCAACGAACAUCACUUCCCAGUUCUACAGCGUCUAGAACAACUUAUGUUGCUGAUGGCGUUCCCAGGGAUCGGCACGACGUUCUUGCUUCUCCUGGGAUUGCUCAUGAAUCGUUCUUUGCUUCUCUUGCCGUGGCUGACAUCAUUCGGCAUGAUCGUGGUCCUGGAUGUGGUCUACAUCCCUUACUCCUUCUACUUCAUUCUCAAUCGUUCUUUGCUUCUCUUGCCGUGGUUGACAUCAUUCGGCAUGGUCGUGGUCCUGGAUGUGGUCUACAUCCCUUACUCCUUCUACUUCAUUCUC